AUGACUUUGCUGAUUGAUCUUCUGGGUGACUUCAAGUCCUACUUUGUUGUCUUUUUGUUUGGCGUCAUUCUCCAUGUUGUAUUCUUUUGUCGUGGAGAAUGGGAUAUCUACACGAACAAAAUUGUUGUCGCCUGGCUUGGGACCUUGGCAGCUUCCACCUUUCUGAUUGCGCAGAGAGCCGAGGAUGAAAACGACUCUCAUUGGCAGGCAUUCAUGAUCGCCUUGAAGCAUUGCUCUACACUCGCGGCUGGCACCAUAUGCAGUAUCCUCCUUUACCGAGCUGCGUUUCAUCGACUCAAUGUCUUUCCUGGCCCGUUCAAAGCUCGACUCUCGAAUCUCUAUGUCACGGCCUUGGGACUAAAGAAGAGGCACCUCUACAAAGAAGUCCAGGAGCUGCACAGGAAAUACGGAGACGUGGUCAGGAUUGGGCCUUCGGAAAUUUCCAUCAACAGCUCAGAAGCGCUACACGCUCUUCACUCCAAUAAUACACCAUGUAUCAAAGGCCCCUGGUACAACAUUAUCUACCCGAUGGUUUCGCUCUUAUCCGAUAGGGAUAAGAAAAGUCACACAGAAAGGCGCAAGACUUGGGACAAAGCAUUUAAUGCUAAGGCUCUUCGAGACUACGAAACCAGAGUGGUGCAAUAUGCAGAACUCCUUCUCCACCAACUCCAGAAGAUGGAGGGCCAGCCCUUCAACGCCAAGCUUUGGAUUCACUAUUACACCUUCGACAUCAUGGGAGACCUUGCUUUUGGGCAGAGCUUUGGCAUGCUCAGAGAUGGCUUGAAGCAUUACUACAUGAAACUUGGCGAUGAGAAUAUGUUACUGCUUGGAGCUUUUUCUCGUCUCAUCUGGCUCUUCCCUCUCUUCAAGGCCAUCCCUGGUGUGAACCAUACCCACCUCAAGUUUCAGCAGUGGCUGAGGGAACAGGUCGAUCGCAGGAGGAAGAACGAACCACCUGUGUCGGACGUGUUCUCUUGGAUCUUGGAGGAUUAUGAAUCGAAGGAGCAACCAACCAAGCAAGACUUUUUGAACUUGCACGGAGACGCUCACUUGAUCGUCGUGGCCGGAAGUGACACUACGGCCGUGACGAUUACCUCGUUGUUUUACGAACUUUCUCAGCGCUUAGAUAUUUGCUCUCAACUUCAAGAAGAGAUUGAUGAGUACAAGAAGGAGCACAAGAAGUCUGACUAUGCCUCUCUUUCUCACCUUAAGCUUCUUCAGGCAUGCAUAGAUGAGACCCUCCGCUUGCACCCGGUGGUUCCAUCAGGCCUUCAACGCAUGACGCCGCCAGAGGGUUUGCAAAUUGGCGACACCUUUAUCCCAGGAGAUACAAUUGUGCAGGUGCCAAGUUAUACACUACAACGAGAUGAGAGGGUAUUUUUGCGGCCGAACGAAUUCCUACCUGAAAGAUGGACUUCGCAACCAGAUUUGGUGAAGGAUGCAUCCGCAUUUGCUCCGUUCUCUAUGGGCCGUAACUCGUGCGUAGGAAAGCAGCUCGGAUUGAUGGAGAUUCGCUACGUUACAACCGAAAUCUUGUCCCGAUACAAUAUCCAGUUCGCUCCAGGGAAUGACCCAAAGGAGUAUCUAGAGAACAAGAUGGAUGUCUUCACGGCGGCUGUGCCAGAUUUGAAUCUGGUCUUUACUCUAAGAAAUUGA